AUGGAAGAAGAGGAGGACGUAACUACCAACCCCUUUUUCAUUACUCUCAAGCAGAGGCAUGCCGGGCUCUACCAGCUUGUCCAAUCCAAAUGCUACGUCGUGUGCGUGCCUCAAGCCGCGAGCCUUGCCGGCACCACCCUCUCCGAAGAGUUCUUGAAGCUCCACAUUCUGGCGUCGUCGCCGUACUUCCAGGGGAGCUUUACGACUUUGAGCGAUAAGAGCGUCGAGCUGGAAGAUAAUCACAUCACCACAACUGAAGGGUUCGCAGAGCAACGGAGGAUCAAGGUUCUCUCCGAGGAGCUCUUCUACAACGCUCAGUCGCAGGGCUUCCGCGUUCUGCUCAUCGAGCGACCUUUCAUCGGAGGCACCGAGGUGACCGACAACCACCAGAGCAUUCUGCCCAAGGAGCGAACGGCCACUGCGGUCAAGUACUUCUUGGACUCGUUCCCCGAGAACGAGAUCGUGCUGCAGAAGAUCGACGAGACCACGGGCGAGUUCAACAAGACGUACGUGAUCGUCAAAGGAUUCGAGUCGCACGUGGUCAGGAAGGUGCAGGAGCUCUACAACUACGCCGUCGAGGCCCUGCUAUGCGCCAAUCCAGUCUUCCGAGAAUUUCAUAUCAGAAACAGGAAUCUGGCUGAGUUCAAGGAGAUCGUCGAAGUGUACGUCGAAGCGCACAGAAGCCAGCCGGACUCCCCGUAUGUGCUCAACCGACUCCACGCCAAGCUGUGGGACGACUUCACGACCCUCUUCGCCAAGGAGGACAACGAUCUCCUCUCGCUCGCCUCAUCACUCAAAAACUUGAGGCAGAGCGAUGUUGGCGUUCGGCAGGCGUUGCAGUGUAGCAUGGUGGCGCCCAGCAGGCACUUCAAGUACAUGGACACGUGCACGUCUCCGCUGGAAAAGCUCUACUGCCUCAAGGAGACGUGCGAUCUCAUCAUGAAGACCGUGGCUGCCAGUCAGCCUCCAGAUUCGCAGGAGAGCGUGACGACCGACGACUUGAUCCCCUUCCUGGUGUACAUAAUUGUCCUCUCCAAGCCCAAAAACCUCCGCACAAACCUCUUCCUCAUGGAGAACCUCACCUUCAUCGGCCUCUCAACCAACGAAAUGGGGUUCAACCUGGUGUCGCUGCAAGCGGCUGUACAAUAUCUGCGGAGCAAGGAGUUGGCCAAGUUCGUCGACGCAGAGGCCAGCGACAGUGUGUUCCGCGACAACUCGCCGCUCAAAUCGCUCGGCAAUGCCAUCUUCACGCGCCACUCGUCGUUCUUCUCCUCUCCCUCCGCCGCCGCCUCGUCCGCCGACGCGUCGCCCCACAGCGAUUCCGGAGCCGGAGCGCAGAGUGAGUCCGCCGUGCAGCAGGAGAAGCGGUCGACCUACCGGAUCUCGGCGCUGACCGAUGACGACUCAUUUCCGCCGCCCGCCGCGUCAUCGUCGGCCUCGUCGCACGUCGCCUCCUCCUACUCCCUGACGCCCGUCUACGGCAGCACGCCUUCUCCCUCAUCGGCCUCUCCAUCUCCCGCUUCGCAUCCAUCGCCGUCGUCGGCCGAGGUGUCGUCGCCUUCGUCGGGCGGCGCGCCGCCCAGGCUCCACUACCGGUCCCUCUCGUCGCUCUUCCCGUCCUUCGGCCGCGGAGGCCGACGGGCCGACAAGAGCGACUCGAUGCCGGCCGCCUCCUUCACCUCAUCCUCUUCUUCCACCUCCUCUUCUGCCACGUCAUCCUCCCGAUCACCCUACGAACGCGUAUCGCCUCGCUCUUCCUCUUCCACAUCUUCUUCUUCACCAUCACCAUCACCAUCAUCAUCAUCAUCAGCUUCAUCUGUGCCGCCUCUCUCCACGUCGGCGCACUCCCUCUCGUCGUCUUCCUCCUACACGGGCGGCAGCCGCCGCGGCGGCGGGGCGAUCAGUGACCGAACGCACCACGGGCCGGCGCAUGCGCGGUCUUCGUCGUCGGCCACGUUGCCGCCGCCUGGGUCGUUCGCGGCGUGGGCCACGCCGGUGCAGCGACCGCCGGCCGUCAUCACGCUCGACGACGUGGCCACCAAGAAGGGCGACAACAGUGCCGACGACCUCGGCGACUUCCUCACCCAGCUGCAGAACGUCAAGGACGACGCCCUCAGCUCGCAAGGCUGA